GGUACCGGCCGCUAUGCUAUCUAUAUCGCCAACUACGCCAGUGGAAACGUGGGACCUCACGCUCUCAUAGAGAUGGACGAGGUAGCCAGUGACCUCUCCGAGGGAGUCAUUGCCCUCUCCAAUGUUGCAGAGCAAGCUGGAGUUAACAAACUAAUUGGGGGGAGAGGCGUGGUGGUGGGGCCAAUUGUUAGUCAAACUCUAUCUGAUAUCUUCUGCGACAAUGAGUACGGAUCCAACUUCCUGUUCAGAAACAACGGCGAUGGAACUUUUACUGAUGUUGCGCAGCAGGCCGGAGUGGAGGACCCCAUGCAGCAUGGCAGAGGGGUGGCACUGGCAGAUUUUAACCGCGACGGCAGGACUGACAUCGUGUACGGGAACUGGAAUGGACCUCACCGCCUGUACAUACAGCUAAACAACCGCAAGCAGAAAUUUAAGGACAUUGCCUCCCAGAAGUUUUCCAUGCCAUCUCCGGUGCGGACAGUCAUUGUUGCUGACUUUGAUAAUGACAACGAGUUGGAGGUGUUCUUCAAUAACAUCGCCUACAGGGGACCCUCAGCCAACAGACUCUUUAGGGUGAGCAGGAGAGAACAUGCGGACCCCCAGAUAGAAGAGUUGAACAUUGGUGAGGCCGCAGAGCCUGAUGGACGAGGAACUGGAGCCAUAGCCACAGAUAUUGAUGGUGACGGCCGUCUGGAACUGGUGGUGUCUCAUGGCGAAAGCGCAGCACAGCCGCUCUCUGUCUACAGAGUCAAUCAGGGCCUCACUAACUCAUGGCUCCGAGUGAUUCCCCGAACCAAGUUUGGAGCUUUUGCCCGAGGAGCUAAAGUGGUUGUCUACACAAAGAAAAGUGGCCCACACACACGGAUUAUUGAUGGGGGCUCGGGGUAUCUGUGUGAGAUGGAACCUGUCGCUCACUUUGGUCUUGGUAGGGAUGUGGCCACAAAUGUUGAAGUGUACUGGCCAGAUGGGCGCUCAAUAGCCCGUCCUCUGGAGCCUUCAGAGAUCAACUCAGUGCUGGAGAUCCCCUACCCAAAAGAUGAGGAGGAAGUCACUCCUACUGUGGAAAUCGAGUGCGGUCAUGGAUUUGCUCUAAACGAGUUUGGCCGUUGCACAGAUAAAGAUGAAUGCACCCAAUUCCCCUCUAUGUGCCCCUCCGACCGUCCCAUCUGCACCAAUACCUACGGCAGCUAUAAAUGCCGUGCCAAGAAGAGAUGCAACCAGGGCUUUGAGCCCAAUGACGAUGGGUCUGCCUGUGUGGCCCAGGUGGCUUACUUUGGAAGGACGCACUCUUCGGGGGAAUGCAAUGCUUCCCAUAUGCUUACUCUCACUCUGCUACCCGUCAUCUCGACUCAUCUGCAGAUAGGACUGCUGUAGCUUUACUCUUGUCUCCUCCACUUUACCGCUGAGCGGAGAUGUACAGAAACUGUGUGCAAACUUUUCUCUGAGAAAUAUCCUCCCACUUCUUCACCACGAAGCUCUGCUGUCUUUUCUCCUUCGGUUACUGUAUAUAACUGGUUGUCACCGCUGCUGUAUUUUGCCCUGUGGCUCCUGGCCUCCUCUGGGAGCUUUGCUGUGAGCUGCAGAGAUCAGAACUGCCACCUGUGGACCCCUGAUUUCAUCGCCUGGCAUUCAAAGUGUGACCUGAACUGAGGCCAAGUCAAUAAGGGAAGCUUUAGUAUAUCCCCCCUGCACAUACAGAGAUGAAUCCGCAGAGCAUGUUUAUUGGAGACAUCCCACCUGUAUCUCUGCCAUACCACAAUGUGUAUUAAUCAUUGCAGAUCAUUCUCACCUUGAUUAUGUGUUUGCUGAAAAGCGUAUGGAUACAUAGCUUUAGGUCGUGUGUGUGUUUAUGUCUGUGUGGGCGACGUGUGGGUGCCUGAUUGUGCGUGGUCCAAUGAAGUGUUCAGGUACAGAAACAUACGCCGGACCAUCUGUCGCCAAUGGCAGGACACAUUUAUUUUUAUUUAUUUAUUUAUUUUUUUUCAAGAAUAAAUUAUGAAAUAAAAUGGAGCAGAAAACGGAUGCAAGGCUGUGUGUGUGUGUGUGUGUGUGUGUGUGUGUGUGUGGAGAAAUGCAUACAGAGUGUGAGACUACAUCUGAUGAUUUGAAUGAAACAAACACUGAAAUGAAGUCACAGGAAGAUGUUUGGAAGAUUUACAAUAUUUUUUAAUGUUGGGUUGUUUUCCACACUAGCAUCAAAAUGUUGAUCAAUUCACAGUAAAAUCUGCCUUUGCAAUUUCACUUUGUACACCUCUAAAUUUGUGCAUUACCAUUAUAUUUUUUGCACAUCCCAGAUGUAUGUUGUUUAAUAUUGCAUUGUUCAUCUUUGCUUUUGUGACCCUGAACCUUAUGCCCGAGGAAAACUGUCUAGAUUUGCCCCUGAGGUUUUGUGGCAGUGUAGGUAAUUUUUCAACAAUCAAACCUUUAAAGUUGAGAUCAAGUCAUAAAACAAGUAGAACUCCUUAUUGUUCUGAAAAUAUGUAUGCUUCAGUAUGUUUUUACCUUGCUAUGACCUGAGAAGUAAAACAAAACAAAAAUAAAUACUAUACUGUGGUCAAAAAGAUGGCAAAAAAUAGAAAUAAUGAAGAUACUAACAUUUUGAUGGACAGCUUGACCGUUCCUUUGCUUUUCUGCAGGGAAGUGUCAGCUCAUGGAUGCACUUCAGGUUCAAAAGAUAUUUCUAACAGAAAUGUGAACCCUCUGUCAUUUUUCAGAUACUAUUUAGAAGAUUUCUUCAUGCCGUUGGACUUACCAAAGUUCUUAUCUGUCAAGAUGAUUUCAGAUGUACCGAGUAAUCCGGAGGCUCAUUCUUUACGGAGCUCUGUGCAUGACUAAACAUUUAUUAAUUGUGUGUUUCUGUCAGGAGACUAUGAAUUGCUCACAGGUGGCGUUUUAUUCCGCCAGCUUUUUAUUGUCUCUAAAGAUGCACCAAAAUAUUUAGCAGCACCCACUGUAAUGUAAGUCCUGAAUGUCUCAUAGUAUCAGUUUAUCAGCGACAUUUUUAUCUUUUUUUCCUGAAAAAUAAAACGGCAGCAGUCCAUUAAAAAGACAAUAAACUAAAAGUCACUUACUGC